AUAAAUACUCCCCUGGCAUCUUCGUAUCCUCACUCUACUCAUCUAGUGUCUUCUGCUCCGUUCGGUUCCUGGAAAAGUACCUCUUUACCUCCAACAUGAAAUACAUCAUUGCCACCCUUCUCUUGGCCUCCGUUGCCAUGGCUGCCGAAGUGGGUGUGAACCUCGCAGGAGGGGCCUACAACUUUGGAUUCAACACUGGAGACGCAACUGGCCACAGCAGAGUGGAAUCUGGCGUUCCUGGUGCUGCAACUGGUAGCUACAGCUACAUUGAUGCCAAUGGAGACCGAAGAACUGUCCACUACACUGCCGGACCUGAUGGAUUUAAGGCUACUGGGGAUGUCGGAGUGGACAGGAAAACUGCCGAAGCUGCAGCUGCCAUGGCCGCCCUCGCCCCUAAGGCUCCUCCAGCACCUGCCCCAGCUGCUCCAGUCGCCCCUGUCGUUCCUGGUGCAUGGGGAUACUGGGGCGCCCCAGGCUACUCUGUCAUCCUUCCCGGUUUGGCUGGAUAUGCUGCCAGAUGGUAAAUCGCCAAAUCAGAUGGAUGAAGUUUGGAAAUCGACGCUCAAUGGACCGAUAUUUGGAUCUGUGCCGUAAAAUGCUUUGGGGAUCACCUUGCUUCAAUUAAGGCUUCUUUGGGUUGCGGUUUGUGAUAAUUUGGUGUUAAUAUUCAAUAAAAAAAUAAUUUGUCAUUUUUUUUGUCACAAAUAUUUUGUCAUCAAAGCUUUAUUGUAAAUAGUUGAAAAAUAAAUUAUUGCAAUUUUUUAUAA